AUGUCCAGCUCGCUGGGCACUGUGUCCUCUCACCACCAACUGCCCAAGCUGUCAGGCCCUAGAGGCUACCGUGUACCUGCAGAGAAGGCGUCUCCCUGCCUGGCUGAGGGAAGCACUGAUUCCGGCAGCGAGGUGCUCCCUGAGUCCUUCCCGUCGGUGCCGGCCGAGCCGCUGCCCCACUUCCUCCAGGAGCCGCAAGACGCCUACAUCGUGAAGAACAAGCCGGUGGAGCUGAGCUGCCGCGCCUUCCCUGCCACACAGAUCUACUUCAAGUGCAACGGCGAGUGGGUCAGCCAGAAUGACCAUGUCACACAGGAGGGCCGGGACGAGGCCACGGGCCUGCGGGUGCGAGAGGUGCAGAUCGAGGUGUCCCGACAGCAGGUGGAGGAACUGUUUGGGCUGGAGGAUUACUGGUGCCAGUGCGUGGCCUGGAGCUCUGCGGGCACCACCAAGAGUCGCCGGGCCUAUGUCCGCAUCGCAUAUCUGCGCAAGAACUUCGACCAGGAGCCUCUGGGCAAGGAAGUACCCCUGGACCACGAGGUUCUCCUGCAAUGCCGCCCACCAGAGGGGGUGCCUGUGGCUGAGGUGGAAUGGCUCAAAAAUGAGGACAUCAUUGACCCCACCCAGGACUCCAACUUCCUGCUCACCAUUGACCACAACCUCAUCAUCCGCCAGGCCCGCCUGUCAGACACGGCCAACUAUACCUGCGUGGCCAAGAACAUCGUGGCCAAGCGCCGCAGCACCACGGCCACCGUCAUCGUCUAUGUGAACGGCGGAUGGUCCAGCUGGGCAGAGUGGUCGCCCUGCUCCAACCGCUGUGGCCGAGGCUGGCAGAAGCGCACACGGACCUGCACCAACCCCACCCCGCUCAACGGAGGAGCCUUCUGUGAGGGCCAGGCCUUCCAGAAGACUUCCUGCACCACCGUGUGCCCAGUGGAUGGAGCGUGGACAGAGUGGAGCAAGUGGUCAGCCUGUAGCACGGAGUGUGCCCACUGGCGCAGCCGAGAGUGCAUGGCACCCCCACCCCAGAACGGAGGCCGAGACUGCAGCGGGACCCUGCUCGACUCCAAGAACUGCACCGACGGGCUGUGCAUGCAGAAUAAGAAAACUCUAAGUGACCCCAAAAGCCACCUCCUGGAGUCCUCGGGGGACGUGGCGCUGUAUGCCGGCAUCGUGGUGUCCAUCCUGGUGGUGGUGGCGGUCCUCAUGGUGGUGGCGGUGGUGGUGUACCGCCGCAACUGCCGAGACCUGGACACUGACAUCACCGACUCGUCCGCCGCCCUCACCGGAGGCUUCCACCCCGUCAACUUCAAGACGGCGAGGCCCAACCACCCACAGCUCCUGCACCCUUCUGUGCCCCCCGACCUCACUGCCAGUGCCGGCAUCUACCGCGGGCCCGUGUACGCCCUGCAGGACUCGGCCGACAAGAUCCCCAUGACCAACUCGCCCCUGCUGGACCCCCUGCCCAGCCUCAAGAUCAAGGUCUACAGCUCCAGCACCACCGGCUCCGGGUCAGGCCUGCCAGAUGGGGCUGACCUGCUGGGGGUCCUGCCGCCCGGCACGUACCCUGGCGACUUCUCCCGGGACACCCACUUCAUGCACCUGCGCAGCGCCAGCCUCGGCUCCCAGCAGCUCCUGGGCCUGCCCCGGGAGCCGGGGAGCAGCGUCAGCGGCACGUUUGGCUGCCUGGGCGGGAGGCUCAGCAUCCCCGGCACAGGGGUCAGCCUGCUGGUGCCCAAUGGAGCCAUCCCCCAGGGCAAGUUCUACGAAAUGUACCUCCUUAUCAACAAGGCAGAAAACGCCCUCCCACUUUUGGAAGGGACCCAGACAGUAUUGAGCCCCUCGGUGACCUGCGGGCCCACAGGCCUCCUGCUGUGCCGCCCGGUCAUCCUCACGGUGCCCCACUGUGCCGAAGUCAGUGCCAGCAGCUGGAUCUUCCAGCUCAAGACCCAGGCCCACCAGGGCCACUGGGAGGAGGUGGUGACCCUGGAUGAGGAGACCCUGGACACCCCUUGCUACUGCCAGCUGGAGGCCAGGUCCUGCCACAUCCUGUUAGACCAGCUGGGCACCUACGUGUUCACGGGUGAGUCCUACUCCCGCUCAGCCGUCAAGCGGCUCCAGCUGGCCAUCUUCGCCCCAGCCCUCUGCACAUCCCUGGAGUACAGCCUCAGGGUCUACUGCCUGGAGGACACGCCUGUAGCGUUGAAGGAGGUGCUGGAGCUGGAGCGGACCUUGGGCGGAUACCUCGUGGAGGAGCCCAAACCCCUGCUGUUCAAGGACAGUUACCAUAACCUGCGCCUCUCCCUCCACGACAUCCCGCAUGCCCACUGGAGGAGCAAGCUGCUGGCCAAAUACCAGGAGAUCCCCUUCUGUCACAUUUGGAGUGGCAGCCAGAGGGCCCUUCACUGCACCUUCACCCUGGAGAGGCACAGCCUGGCCUCCACCGAGUUCACCUGCAAGAUCUGCGUGCGGCAGGUGGAGGGGGAGGGCCAGAUAUUCCAGCUGCACACCACACUGGCAGAGACACCCGCUGGCUCCCUGGACGCCCUCUGCUCUGCUCCCAGCAGCGCGCUCACCACCCAGCUGGGACCCUAUGCCUUCAAGAUCCCGCUGUCCAUCCGCCAGAAGAUAUGCAACAGCCUGGACGCCCCUAACUCGCGGGGCAAUGACUGGCGCCUGUUGGCGAAGAAGCUCUCCAUGGACCGGUACCUGAACUACUUCGCCACCAAAGCGAGCCCCACGGGUGUGAUCCUGGACCUCUGGGAAGCUCUACAGCAGGAUGACGGGGACCUCAACAGCCUGGCCAGUGCCUUGGAGGAGAUGGGCAAGAGUGAGAUGCUGGUGGCCAUGGCCACCGAUGGGGACUGCUGAGCCGCCCCCAACUGCGGGCUGCUAGGGACUGGCAGAGGCGGGUGCAGGGAGGUCCAGGCACCUCCUGUGUGGCAGUUCACCUCCGCUGCCCCCCAGUUCACAGCCGGGGUCACCCUCCUCCUCCCUUGCCCUACCCCAGACCACGACCAGCCUUAGGAAUCCAUGGACUCUGGUGUUCCUCUCCCCCCACCCCCCUCCCCACCCCACCAUCUCUCCUGGCUCAGUCCUUCGUGCAGAAACCAGGGUGGGCUGAGGCCUCUGGAAGCGGGAGCAAGGGGGUGGCCCUCCCUCCACCCCCACCCUCCACCUGCAGCCCUGGUUUGUCUUCGUUUCGUUCUUGAUUUUCUUCCUCAGCUAAUGGUUUCUCCCUGCUCCCUAAGCCCUCUGUCUUCACACCAUUUUCCUCUUUGAAGAUCAGUCAAGUCCACAUGCUUUCUCCAUCCAAAAGCUAAAAGGAAAGGAAGCAAACUUGCUUCAGGAAGAAGAAAAACACCAAAACCACACGGGAAAAGGAAAACCCAGUUUCUUAGGAAACGCAAAUGAUUUAUUAUCCAGGUAUUUGGAUAAGUCCUUUUUAAGAAAAAAAAGAGAAAAAGAAAAAAACAACACAAAAAAAAUAGAAAACUCUUUUCUUGAGUGUGGGUGUGCUCACGGUUCUGGCCAGGAGCCAGUGUGUGUGUGUGUGUGUGUGUGUGUGUGUGUGUGUGAGAGAGAGAGAGAGAGAGAGAGAGAGAGAGAGAGAGAGACAGACACUGAGCUGGAGCACUUUGCUGCUGCUGACCCCAUCUUGGACUGACUUUUACAAGGCCUCCCUCCGUGUCCCCAGUUGUAAAGGCUCAAAUGGUACACGUUUCGCUCUAAAGUCUUAAGCAGACGCUGCACACAUAAAGCCAAGGAGCCCUGGAGUGGGGCUCUUGAGCCCCAGCUCAAGGUGGGGCUCUCCCUCCACAUCCCAGGCAGAUACCCCCCGGGCUCCUCUGGGCCCUGAGAUGGAACAUGUGGGCCACCCAGGCCAGCUGUGCGCCUUGGAGAUGGUUUCCAGCUCCUGGAGAGGGGGUGUGGCCAGGAAGCGGGGUCCUAGCAGAGAAAGAUGUGGGAGAUGAGCCCCCACUGGACACCUCUACUCCACCCGAGGGUGGGGCCAGCCAGGGCCCCCUCCCAGCAGCCUCUGGAGCAGGUUGGCAUUCUCCUGAACCCAGGCGUCCAGGAGGCACCCUUCCCCAGCCUGUUUCUCUUCUAUAAGACAGAGGGGUGGCGAGAGGGCCUUGUGAGCAGCACAGUCUGUCUGGGCCUCGGUGUGGCUUUGAGAAGCGUGUGGGCAGCAGCCCUGCAGUGGGAGGCAGGGAGUGGGUGGCCCGCCUGCGCAGGACAUGCCCUCUGCCCGCCCUGUAGAGGAGAGGGUGGAGGGCACUUUCCCAGCUCUGGUCUCCACAGGCACCUCCCUGCCUCCUCCUCUCACCCUCCCUCUGCUCUGGGAGAUCAUGAGUAGAUCACCUUUGAACAGGAAGGGUUGCCAGUGGAGGGCUGCACCCCCUCACCAGCCUGGACCGGGAUGUCCUGAGGGGCCAGCAGGGUCCUGACUCGGGGAGGGACCCGUCCCCGGCCCUUGGCAGCUAUCUGACAAUGGCUGGGAUCAGGCUCCCACAGCUGGCAUGGAGACCUCA